CUGUUUCUAUGCUGAGCUCUGCGCUGAACAGUACUGUUCUCCUCUCCCUUUGUUAGAUUCUUUUCCUUUUCCUUCUUUUGAUUUAUUUAUGUAGCAGUAGUUGUUUUCAAGUUAAAGAGAGACCCACUUAUCAAAUUUAACUAGGUUUGGACUUGUUUUUGUUUUUGAAGUUGUGGCCUUGUUCUUGUUUCUUUUUUAUUUUAUUUUUAAUUACCAUAGUUCUUGCCCAUAAUAAGCCAUGAAAGAAUGGCUAAUUUUAACUUUAAUCCGGGAAGUCUUUGAUUCUCCUAUGAUGCUUUAAACUUCAAGUUGCUUGUGUUUUGAGCAACUUUUAAUGUUGCAAAAAUAAAAUAAAAUUGUCAAUACCUCAUUUGGGUAGGUGCCAUUUUGUGUUGUGAUGAUUGCUUUAGGUAAGUGAUGAAUUUGGUAUUUGGGUUUUGAGGGGUUUCGACAAUUAAAGUUUGGUUCUUUGAGUUUUGAGUUAGAAUGGAGGAGGUUGAGGAGGUACACAAGGCAGCUAUUGAGAGCUGCAAUAGAGUUAUUGGCCUUUUGUGUCAGGAAAAAGAUCAAGUCCAGGGUAGGAACUUAAUGGUGGAAACUAGAGAGACUGUGUUUAAGUUUAAGAGAUUUAUAUCUCUUUUAAGCACUGGUUUAGGUCAUGGAAGAGUAAGAAAGAUGAAGAAGCUUAGACCAUCUUUGCCCCAAAACAUCUUCCUAGAUAGUCCUAAUUGCAAUACAAUUUUAUCGCCAAAACCUCUUCAAAUGGUGCCUCCUAAUUUUCUUGAAACCCCACUUACUGACAUAGAUGCUAAGUCUAAACCUUCUAUCCAAAUUUCCCAGAAAAUGCUUCUUGAAAACCCAGUACUUGAGUUGAACUCAAAUAUCAGGCCCCCUGUGCAAAUUAUGCAAACAAAACCACCACAAAACUUCCAGCUUCUCCAACAGCAUCGGCAGAUACAGAGGAUGCACUUUCAGCAGCUGCAACAAAUGAAUUAUCAGGCUGAUAGGGUGUAUUCUAGGAGUAAUGGUGGGAUAAACCUUAAAUUUGAUGGGUCUACUUGCACACCAACCAUGUCAUCCACAAGAUCAUUCAUGUCAUCUCUAAGCAUGGAUGGUGCUGUGUCUAAUUUUGAUGGAGACUCUUUCCAUUUGAUUGGUAUGCCUCACUCAUCUGAUCACAUCUCACAACAAACAAGGAGGAGGUGUUCUGGUAGAGGAGAAGAUGGGAAUGCCAAAUGUUCUAGUAGUGGUAGAUGCCAUUGUUCAAAGAGGAGGAAACUGAGGGUGAAGAGAUCUAUCAAAGUUCCUGCAAUUAGCAACAAGGUGGCACAUAUUCCUCCUGAUGAGUAUUCGUGGGCGAAGUAUGGGCAAAAGCCAAUUAAAGGCUCUCCGCAUCCUAGGGGAUACUAUAAAUGUAGCAGUCUGAGGGGUUGCCCGGCAAGGAAGCACGUUGAGAGAUGCCUGGAAGACCCUUCAAUGCUAAUUGUAACCUAUGAAGGUGAGCAUAACCAUUCCAGGUUGAUCUCAUCACAGUCUGCGCAUACAUGAAACAUAGUGGAUAUCUUCAUUGUUUACAAAUCCAACCAGAACCAUCUGGAGUUUCUUUGUGAAUUACUACUGUAAAUAACAUGUGGUUCAAAGGUGAGAUGGGAUUUGAUGGAACAAACUGUCAUUAGUUGACCGGUUUUCCAAGUAUUAAGCUUUUCGGUGAGUCUGGUUUGAACUGCUCUUAUAUAGGAUAGGGAUUACAAAUUGUAAACUUGUAAUCCCUUAAAACCAAGUUGUAUUUUUUAUCAUUCUAUUUGCAAAUCAAAGGUUGUUUUUGUACUA